GCGCGCGCGCGCGCGUCUCGCAGUGUGUGACGUGCAGGCAGAGGUAAUGGGUGUGUGUUAAUGCGGUACUUUGUGAUGUAUUGCUGUUGCAGCACGUGUUUUACAGCGUUAACGCGAUAAUGAACCGAAUGUAGCAUGUAAUGGAAGUAAGGGACUGAAAUACACGAGGUCUGACUAGUUAUAACACCUGUUGAAGAACACAGUGAAAUGUGAACUUUUGAUGAAUACGAAAAAACACAAAUGACGGCGGACGGUAACUAACACCUGUUGAAGAAGACCGUGAAAUGUGAACUUUUGAUGAACAGAGAAACACAGAAGUGUGCCAUCGGACUGUAACACCUGCUGAAUAACAUCUCCUGUAGUCUUCGGACCCAUAUUGUUUGAUGUCGUCCGCUGCGGCUGAAAUGCAUCGGUAGCUCAGGGCUGGCAUGUGGAACUCUCAGACACUUCCGAUGCUGCCGCCUCUCGGAUGACGUGGCCCAUGGAUCUGUGGCUGGUCCUCCUCCUGCUGUUGGCCGCGCACUCUGACGGCUCUCGGAGGCAACACCGCAUCGAGCUCAGCACCGAGUUCUUCCUGGUGCCGGAGCGCAGCGUCCCCCCGCCUCCAGGGGCGAACCACAGCACCGGGGUGAGCGAGGGCCCCGGCGUGCUGCGGCACGAGGUGUGGGUGGUGCCCCUGCUGGCACUCUCCUCGCUUACCAUGCUGGUGAUAGCGGGCUUCGAGGUGUUCGUGCUGUGCAAAGCGUGGCGCACAACCCCCAGCCGGCGCCAUUUGUUCUUGGGCCAGAUGUUGCUGCUAGGUCUGUUCUUGUGCUCCGUGCUGGGAGCCGUACUGGCCGCCACACCCACCCCCGCCACCUGUGCCGUCGUACGGUUUGGGACCGGCUUUGCGUACGCCGUAGUGUUCUCUGCCCUGCUGGUCAAGUGCGUGUUCCUUAUCAGUCUGAACGGCGGUGUGUACUUGCCGGCGCCCUACCAGGCGCUGCUGCUGCUGUUCGCUGUGCUGAUCCAGGUGGCGGUGGGCGCCCAGUGGCUACUCAACUCUCCGCCUCGCGUAGAAAUGCCCCCUCACCAUCACCGGCUGGUCGUCACAGCCGAGGACCUAACCACCGACCCGCUACUCUUAUGCCACACCCCCUACACAGACCUGCUGCUCUCCCUCCUGUACGUCAUGUGUCUUAUCCUCUUCGUCGCAGUCCUCGCCAUCAAGUCUCGGGGGAUUCGCGACAAUUACCGUGAGGCAACAUUCAUAGGACUGGCCGUGGGUUGUAGCAUCCCGGUGUGGCUCAUCUGGGUGCUGUGUGGCCUGGUGGUGCCCGAGCGCCAUCGCGACGCCUGUCUCGCCUUCGGCCUCGUCAGCACCGCCACCAUCGUCUUCCUCGUCAUGUUCAUGCCGAAGGGACGGCAGCUCGCCGCGAUGGGCAAGGAGGGAGUGUACGUUGAGGACCGAGAGGAGCGGUUCAGCUCUCUUAGUCCGGCGGGAUCGGGCUACUCCCCAUCGUUCUUUCACUUCAAACCCGUCAAGUACGCCUCAGGGCCAGGGACGGCGUUCCCCGCAGGGAUGCUGCCCACCCACAAACAGACGUCCGCAGUCACGACGCUAGCAGAUCGAGUCGCUCUGGUGGCAGCACCUCCAAGCUACACACGAAUGUAUCACUACUACCCGUACUGUUACUAUCCACGGUACCCAGGGGGUUUUUACAUGAAGCCUGAGGAUGGCAAUGUGUACACCACUCUGGAGCCAACCCUAUCGAGCAACCCUAAUGUAUUCUUCCAGAGGAGUGGGGUUCACCCUGGUAUGAUGUACUGAGAUAUUCCAGUCAGCUUACAUGUGUGGUGAUAUGAACUUAGAAAAUGAGUAAGUGUGUAUGUGACAGAGACACAGUGUGAAAAUGAUCUCUCCCACAUUGUUCUUGAACCAAGAUGAGUGUAAAGCGUGUACAAAUUCUAGUAUUUUAUAUUACUAAUUUACAUUGUAGUACAGUAAUCUGUACAGAUAUUUAUCAGCAUGAUUUUAAGCAACGAAAAACAUUUAGUAGUGUUUUUAUACUUCAUUAUUAAAGUCUAACUGUAGUGAUUUAGUAGGCAUGUCCAGUUCAGAAAGUUUACUAAAAAUUAGUCAGUUAAGAAUAUGAAGCUUUAGGAACGAGGCCAGCUGGUCCAUAUAUGUGAGACUGAGGAAAGUGGCAUAAAAGUGUCUUGUACAGCAUUCAGUCUGGAUUAAAUUCAAAGCUUUGGAAUA